UGACGUUCUCCUCUCCCCACUCCCACCUCCACUUGUUGGCGACGUUUUGCCACCUCUUGGACAUCAAUGGCUCUCGGACUCUGUAGCCUUCUCCUCCCCCUCUCCUUGCUGAUACUGAUGGUGGCAGCGCAAGAGCAUACGGAGCAGAAGGAUGUGCAUCGAAGCAGUUUUCCGACGGGUUUCAUCUUCGGAGCUGCCUCCGCCGCGUAUCAGUACGAAGGCGCUGCUGCUGAAGGUCAUAGGGGACCAAGUAUUUGGGAUACCUUCACCCACGAUCACCCAGAAGCGAUAGCAGAUCGAAGCACCGGCGACGUGGCCAUAGAUUUUUAUCAUCGCUCCAAGGAAGAUAUGGGCUUCUUGAAAUAUAUGGGCAUGGAUGCUUUCAGGUUCUCCAUUUCCUGGUCCAGGAUACUACCCAAUGGAAGUUUGAGUGGUGGAGUAAAUCAAGAAGGCGUAGAUUAUUACAACACUCUUAUUAAUGAUCUUCUAGACCAUGGCUUGCAGCCCUUUGUGACCCUCUUCCACUGGGAUCUUCCUCAGGGUCUUGAAUCACAAUACCAAGGUUUCCUUAGCCCAAGUAUCGUGAAUGACUUCCGCGACUACAGCGAGAUAUGCUUCAAGGAAUUCGGGGACCGGGUAAAGCAUUGGAUCACGUUGAACGAGCCAUGGACGUUUUGCGACAGGGGGUAUUCGAGCGGUAUAUUUGCACCCGGUCGGUGUUCUCCAUGGACUGAAGGCAAGUGCACCGAAGGCGAUUCGUCUCGGGAGCCCUACCUCUGUGCUCACCAUCAGCUGCUAUCCCAUGCAGCUGCCGUGAAGCGGUACCGACGCAAGUAUCAGGCAUCUCAGAAGGGAAUGAUAGGCAUAACACUGAUCACUCACUGGUUCGUGCCUUACUCGAAUUCCAAAUCUGAUGAAGAUGCUGUGUCACGAGCUUUAGAUUUCAUGUUUGGAUGGUUUAUGGAUCCUCUGACUCAAGGCGACUAUCCAUUUACGAUGAGGGCGAUCGUCGGGAAUCGCCUGCCAAAAUUCACUGCCAAGCAAUCUAAAAUGGUUCGAGGAUCAUUCGACUUCAUCGGACUAAAUUACUACACCACCUACUUCGCUAAUAGCAUUUCCCUUUUGACAAAACUUAACGCCAGCUACGAAACCGAUUCCUACACACUCCAGAGCGGUAAACGACAAGGGACUCCCAUCGGCACUCAGGCUGCCUCGGAUUGGCUAUUUGUUUACCCAGAGGGCAUCAGAGAGGCCUUGUUGUAUCUUAAGAACAGAUACAACAACCCAAUCAUCUACAUCACUGAGAACGGAGUCGACGAGGUCAACAACGCGUCAUGGCCACUUAACGAAGCCCUACAAGAUGAUAUGAGGGUUGACUACUACAAGAAUCAUCUAUACUUCGUCGAGAAAGCUAUCAGGGAAGGAGUCGACGUGAGAGGAUACUUCGCAUGGUCGUUGCUGGAUAACUUCGAGUGGUCCGACGGCUACACGGUUCGCUUCGGGAUCGUAUACGUCGACUACAGGAAUGGGUUGAAGAGAUACCCCAAGACCUCUGCUCACUGGUUCCAAGAAGUACUUAAUAAUUGAUCGUAGCUGUUGGGGUCUAUCCUGCCACUAUGUACUGGGAAAUCAAAUAAGGUUUUCAACCUCAAAGUCUCUGCUCUAGAUAGAAAUCAAGUUGUCGUUGUUGUGCGUCUAGGAUUGCUAGUGAUCAGCAGUACCUCAUGAGCUGACACUCGUUGUCGGCAAUGUAUUGAUGAUGAGUGCUUCUUCAUCUUCCUACUUGUAGCAGCGGGUGCUUCCGGUAAAGCAAAUAAAGUUCUGUUUCUUCACCAAA